GCCGGGCGCCGCCGACCCGGCCCAGCGGACUGACUGACGGACGGACUGACGGACGCGGACCGACGCGGCCCCUCCCUGCCGCCGCCGCCCGCCCGCCCGGGGCGCCCACCUCGCCGGUGCCGGGCCCGGGAGCGAUGACAUCGACGGGGAAGGACGGCGGCGGAGCGCAGCACGCGCAGUAUGUGGGGCCCUACCGGCUGGAGAAGACGCUGGGCAAGGGGCAGACAGGCCUUGUGAAGCUGGGAAUUCACUGUGUCACCUGCCAGAAGGUGGCCAUCAAAAUCGUCAACCGGGAGAAGCUCAGCGAGUCUGUGUUGAUGAAGGUGGAGCGGGAGAUCGCUAUCCUGAAGCUCAUCGAGCACCCGCACGUCCUCAAGCUGCACGAUGUUUAUGAAAACAAAAAAUAUUUAUACCUGGUGCUAGAACACGUAUCUGGUGGGGAGCUGUUUGACUACCUGGUCAAGAAGGGGAGGCUGACCCCCAAAGAGGCCCGAAAGUUCUUCCGGCAGAUCAUCUCAGCGCUGGACUUCUGCCACAGUCACUCUAUAUGCCACAGGGAUUUGAAACCAGAAAACCUUUUGCUGGACGAGAAGAACAACAUCCGCAUCGCGGACUUCGGCAUGGCGUCCCUGCAGGUGGGGGACAGCCUGCUGGAGACCAGCUGCGGGUCCCCCCACUAUGCCUGCCCCGAGGUGAUCCGGGGAGAGAAAUACGACGGCCGCAAGGCGGACGUGUGGAGCUGCGGUGUGAUCCUGUUCGCCCUGCUGGUGGGGGCGCUGCCCUUCGACGACGACAACCUGCGGCAGCUGCUGGAGAAGGUGAAGCGGGGCGUGUUCCACAUGCCGCACUUCAUCCCGCCCGACUGCCAGAGCCUGCUGCGCGGCAUGAUCGAGGUGGACGCGGCGCGGCGCCUGACGCUAGAGCACAUUCAGAAACACAUAUGGUAUAUAGGCGGCAAGAACGAGCCGGAACCCGAGCAGCCCGUGCCGCGCAAGGUGCAGAUCCGCUCGCUGCCCAGCCUGGACGACAUCGACCCCGACGUGCUGGACAGCAUGCACUCGCUGGGCUGCUUCCGAGACCGCAACAAGCUGCUGCAGGACCUGCUGUCCGAGGAGGAGAACCAGGAGAAGAUGAUCUACUUCCUCCUCCUGGACCGGAAAGAAAGGUACCCGAGCCAUGAGGACGAGGACCUGCCCCCCAGGAAUGAAAUAGACCCUCCCCGGAAGCGUGUCGACUCCCCCAUGCUGAACCGGCAUGGCAAGCGGCGGCCCGAGCGCAAGUCCAUGGAAGUGCUGAGCGUGACGGACGGCGGCUCGCCGGUGCCUGCUCGGCGGGCCAUCGAGAUGGCCCAGCACGGCCAGAGUAAAGCAGUGUUCAGUAAAAGCCUGGAUAUCGCUGAAGCCCACCCCCAAUUCAGCAAAGAAGACAGGUCUAGAUCCAUCAGCGGCGCGUCCUCAGGCCUCUCCACCAGCCCUCUCAGCAGCCCCCGGGUGACCCCUCACCCCUCUCCAAGGGGCAGUCCCCUCCCCACCCCCAAGGGGACGCCUGUGCACACGCCUAAAGACAGUCCGGCAGGCACGCCCAACCCCACACCACCGUCCAGCCCCAGCGUCGGAGGGGUGCCCUGGAGGACGAGGCUCAACUCCAUCAAGAACAGCUUCCUGGGGUCGCCUCGCUUCCACCGCCGGAAACUGCAAGUUCCGACGCCAGAGGAGAUGUCCAACCUGACCCCGGAGUCGUCCCCAGAGCUGGCCAAGAAGUCCUGGUUCGGGAACUUCAUCAGCCUGGAGAAGGAGGAACAGAUCUUUGUGGUCAUCAAGGACAAGCCCCUGAGCUCCAUCAAAGCCGACAUCGUGCACGCCUUCCUGUCGAUCCCCAGCCUCAGUCACAGCGUCAUCUCCCAGACCAGCUUCCGGGCCGAGUACAAGGCAACGGGGGGCCCGGCGGUGUUCCAGAAGCCGGUCAAGUUCCAGGUGGACAUCACCUACACCGAGGGCGGGGCGGCACAGAAGGAGAACGGUGUCUACUCUGUCACGUUCACACUUCUGUCAGGCCCGAGCCGCCGCUUCAAGAGGGUCGUGGAGACCAUUCAGACCCAGCUGCUGAGCACACAUGACCAGCCGUCAGCCCAGCACUUAUCAGACACCACUAACUGUAUGGAAAUGAUGACGGGGAGGCUUUCCAAAUGUGGCAGCCCAUUGAGUAACUUCUUUGACGUAAUUAAACAACUUUUUUCAGACGAGAAGAACGGGCAGGCGGCCCAGGCCCCCAGCACGCCCGCCAAGCGGAGUGCCCACAGCCCACUCGGUGACUCGGCCGCUGGCCCUGGCCCUGGAGGGGAUGCCGAGUGCCCACCGGGCAAGGACACGGCCAAGACGGGGCCACCCGCCGCCCGCCGCGAGCAGCCUUAGACACAUAGCCCCCCCCAGCACGGCCCUGACAGUGGCCGCCAAGGCCGCCUCGCCACCCGCCCGCCUCCCGCCCUGAGUGGACCCAGGGCCGCGCCCGUCUGUCCAUCUAGACUGUUGCGAAGCCGGGGAGGAAAGGAAAGGGGGCGCCAGGGCCACUGCCUGCGGCUGGACCUGCCCGUGCCCGCUCUCUCUUUCUCUCGCUGUCUCUCUCUCUGCCUGUCUCUUACAACGUCACUGUUUCCACUCUGAUACCAGGAAUUAUCCCGAAAAGUUAACAUGUCACCUCCACGAGGCCAUCCCCCGGGCUCCGCGCCAGACACCGGCCGACUGAAGGCAGCUGCUGUGGACCUGCCCUCUGCCCUCCUGCUGCGGCCCGCCGGCCGCAGGCCCCGCCCACCUACCGCCGGUCCCGCCCGCCGGCUCCGCCCACCCGCCCUCGAGACGGCGCUGUCCGGUCUCCGCUCCGCAUGGCCACCCGGAGGAGGACCUGGCUUCGAGGGGAAGCCGCCUCCGGCCCCGCCGACCGGACUCGCAGUGACCAGAGCCCUCGGCCGGUGCAGCCCGCUCAGGCCGGCCUGCAGGGCGGGCCCGUGGCGGGCGAAGCGGCCGCUCCUCGGCCGUGUCCCCCCUGCCCACAGCCCCCCCUCGUCCCGCAGUCGGCGCGGCCCCGUCUGCUACUCGUGGCACCCCGCUCCGCAGCUCGCGGCGCGCAGCGCUCCGGGCCCGGACCUGGAGGCAGCCACCCGCCCCCGGCUGGCCGCGGAGAUCAGUAUUAUUUAUUUGCUGUUUUAACUUAUUGCGUUUCUUUACUUCUCUGUUCAGGGAAGGGGCGGCGGCAGCGUCCUCCUGCCGUCUGUCUGUGUCUCGGGCUGGGUGGGGCCCCGGUGCCCGGAGGCGGAGCCGUGGGGGCGGCGGGGGCAGGCCGGUGGGUGCAGCGCCGGCAAGCUACUGUAAACUUUAAAGAAUUCCUGCAAGAUAUUUUUAUAAACUUUUUUUUCUCAGUUGUUUUUGGAAAGGGGUGUGGGGGUGGGGGAGCCGCUGGGCAGGGUAGGUUCGUGUUGGGCUCUUGCUUUGGUUCUUUCUAUACACACACACAUAUAUAUAUUUAAAGAAAGGCGCGGUCCGCUCCGUCCCGGGCUCCGUCCCGUUACUGGGGAGAAGCAACUCCAGUCCUGUGGGGCGCGGGGUGGCCCCUGUGUGCCAGCGGGACGUCACCGCCGGGCCCCUCCGCCAGGCCCGGGAUGGAGACCGUCUUGUUUUGUGUCUCAGAGCGGGGGUGGGAGGAAGGCCUCGAGCUGGCUCCCACCCACUCACAGGACAGCAGGGGCACCGCGGGGUUUUUGUACUAAAAUGGCAAAAAGUAAAAAAAAAAAAAAUACAUAACCAAGGACAAAGUCAGCGGCGUCCUCCGCAGUGUGUGUUCUGUACAGCGAGGUCGCCUCGCUUUGUCUCCGUCCCCAGCUUCUGCUUGUGUUUCUUUCUGUGGGUGUGGCCCGGCGCAGCCCCGCCCAGGCUGGCCCAGGCCCCGCCCACAGUGUCCAGGGCGCCGGCACCUGCAGCCCGGAGGCUGGGGGCAGGGCGGUUCUGAUUGCAUGCCUUUGCUGUAACGAGUCCACUUUGCUUUUGGUGUCUCGCCCGCCCUGCCGCCCCUCCCGUCGCAAAUAGAUUUUAACGCUUCUGUUACACUGACCCCACCCCACAGGCUGGGAUUUCCAUACAUAAGAAAAAAAAUUAAACACCUAUAACAGCAAAAGCCACGCGGUACAAGCGGGAGGGGCUGCUCUAGAGGCAGAGGACACCGAAAGCAAUACCUCUUGUUAGCCUUCCUCUUUUGUACUUGGGACACACGCAGACGUCACGGAAACGGACAAGCCCCACCCAGUGUACCCCUGUCAAAUAACUGUGAGCAACUCUAGUUCUGGAACAAUAAAUUCCUUCCGUAAAGA